GUUAGAUAGCCAUUCAAGAUGAACGAGUGUUCGAGUCAGCAUGUCUUAGUGCGUCGGAUGGUUGAAAGUCUAAAUCACAUUACGUGACGAAGAACAAAUGGAGCUACAAAUUAACCAUAAAAUUUCAUCAAAAAUGGUGAAAUCUUUAAGUACUUUGGAUGUGUUUCUGAAGGAGGUUUCUGAUGCUUGUGUCAAGAUGAGUUCUGUGGAGGACUUAUUGACAAUAAUGUCCAAGCCUGGACGUCUGGAGUUGAGGAGUCAGCUCAUGAGACGGCUUCUGGCCAAGUUGGCUAAGGCAAAUGAAGGAAGCAAAGAUCAAAUUGCUAAAGCCUCUGCAAAUGAGGGUUCCUUAGAGAGCAUCAGUCGCUGUGAUGAUAUGCUCUGGUAUAAGGUUUAUUAUGAUCCUCUUGCCAAAGCCAAGAAACUUAAGAAGCCAGAACUAUGGGACACAUGUGAAGCUGCAGCAGCUCGUCUCUUCAUAGAGGAAGGGAUUAAGUUCUAUCUGAAACUUAUUGAAGAUCUGCCUGAUGCCAGCAUUGUUGGUCAAAAACCUCUGUGGCACUUGCUGGUUCACUGCCUUAGCCAUCUGGGUGAUCUCUCACGCUACUAUUGCCUUAACUUGGGCUUGUUUUCCAAGGAACCUACCUGUUUCUCCUCACCAGCUAUCUACUACAUGCAGGCCUUGGAAUUGCGCCCAAAAAAUGGACUCAUUCACAGCAACCUUGCCGCAGUAUUGCUGCACGUGGAGCACAAUAAAUGCUCAGCUGUACUUCAAUACUUGUCAGCGCUUAUGUGCAAAAACCACCAACAAGCUAAAUUGCUGCUGAAACCAAUCCUCAACAGCAGCGUGCAGAGCUACCAGUCUCUCCUGAAUGCAGAAGAUUUCCUGGUGCUUCGCAAGGACAACUUUGCUAAGCCUUGUUUCUCUGACACCCUCAUGGCUGUCAUUGCCUCUUUUUUGCCACGCAGCUAUGAUCCUUACCAGCUCCAGAUGGUGUGUCGAAAUUUUCUGCUACACUUCGACGAGCUCCUCAAAGAAGUAUCGUCAGGAGAAAGCAACUCCCAACCUCCAGUACGCCACACUGAGGCUCUUGUGCCUCAGACUUGUGCCAUCAUGAUAGCUGUUCAUGAAAUACAAUUCGAUGAAAGAGGCAAGACGUGUUCGGUGCUGCUGGCGUCUAUUUUGUUGGCGAUAUUAUCAUACUUGAAUCGCACCACACGACUGGCCCUAAGCACCUGCUGCUCUCCCGCUGCUGUCGCCGCCCUCGCAUCACCGUCUCUGGCUGUCGCAUUAGGCAGCCCUGGCGUGAGCGACGAGUCAGCUGGGCAUGCAAGCGGCGCAUCAACGCCUGCCCCUGAGCGAGCGAUGCAGCGACGAAGGGUGCCGCGACGCAGACGUCGUGUUCGUAAACGACCUCAGAUGGAUGAGGACGACUCUUCAUGCGAAGAAGACGGGGCCGAGAGUAACGCCAGUGACGACGGCAGCUCGGUGACAUUUUCUGACGCCCUCUGCUCCUCCAGCGAAGACAGCCUCAGUGAGGCUGAGGACUCAGGCCCCGAUGCCAUCAUCGAGACUGAUAGCGCAGACGAUGUUGACACCGCACCACGUUGCCUGCCGGAACAGACCCCAAAUGAGAAGAAUGGCCUCACCUCCCCCGUGGCUGCUGAAAAUCCUGUCCAGGAAAUGUCUGCUCUGCAACAUCUGCGGCUCCUAACUGCUCUGGAUGAUGGAUCUGUAAUCGGCAUUGACAAAUCAGAACAUGUGUAUCCCACUGAUGCCAACGGUAAAGACUGUCAAGCUCCUGGAAUGCUACUUGCUGCCAAGCUGGUCUUGUCCUGGCUUCUAUCGUCGAGUUCUGUUGCUGGGGAUAUUGUCUGGUGCGACCCAAAGCAAGAUCAGAGCAAGGGUGCUGGAAGCCAAACUGUAAAUGACGAAACUGUGGAAAACAAUGCUGCGGUUCGUGGAACUUUACGUACCUCUUGUAAUGACUCAAUGCCUGAGAAUUCAUCAGCCGCAACAAAUAGUUCAAUUCUUCAGAAUGGAUUGACUGCAGAAAACGAGUCCAGUAUUAAUCAUGAAGUCUCUGCUAGAAGUAAAGAUGAAGUCUCACAGCAAAGGAUUGACAAACCGUGGACUUGUGGUUCAUCAAAUGAUGAUAAUAAUGCCAACCAUUCCAGUGGAGCCGCUCAGGGCGUCAGAAUCAUGUGGCAAGAACUUGCAACUUUAUGCAAUCUUCUUUCCUUGGACUUGCAGCGACUGUGUUCUGAGGACAACCGCGAAGACUUACCUAAUCUGGAUCGCUUUAUGAAAUCUGUGAAAACGACUAAGGCGUUUGCAGUGGAUGCAUGGUGCGAAUUUGACGACCUCUUGCUACCAGAAGAUGAUGAGCUACAUUCAACCUUGCCUGAGAUCGUGCCCGAGCAUGUGCUUAAAGAAGGACCAAUAAUGUUGUGCGGACAUCUAAGCAAGACCCUUGAAAGAUUGGGUAUUCAUCGGCAUCGAUAUCAUGCCAAGGCUGAUGCCGCGAACGAAUCAGGUUGUAUUCAGCCACCUCGUUCUAUUUUGACCUCAACAGAAGUAACAUUGAUACGUAUACUGCGCCUACGUAGAACCGUGUACCAGUUAACACGCUAUGAUGGAUGUCCAUUGAAGUACAACAGUACAGUGAGGGCUUUUUUCUUGCCACCUACAGCAUCAGACUCGCUUGUUGAUCACAAAAACGACUAUGAACAGUGUUACAAAACUGCCGAUGGAAGAAACCAAACAUCAGCACAAGGAUUCUAUCAUACAAAGAAUGCAGUCGUAAAUGAAUAUUUCAGGAGUAAAACUCAUCAGAGCUAUCCUCGUGAGAAGCCAAACGAGGGUCGUGUUCGUUGUAGGCAUAAACUUCCGAUCAGAGAUGGCCACAAACCAGGCAAGAAAUACCGACCCAGACCGAGGAAUAAUCGUGAUCACAAAGUAACAGAAUCUUAUAAUCAUCGGGCUUCUCAUUAUGAUCAACAGAAAAAUUGGCCGCCUCUCGUAGGGAAAACAUAUCGUGGAUUUAGCAACUCAGACACAAAGGCAACUUCGGACGAGGAUGCGCGCGAAAUACUGGAUCCUAAUAGCUAUGGCAGACGUAAUUUGCCCGACUCUUCUGAAGCCACAGCAGUCAUCGCACCAGCCAGUGAUGAACACAAGACUCCGUCGCCGACUUCUGGCUAUCAGAAGACCAUGAUGUUAUCACAUGAAGAGCGGCAGAUUCCGUCACCAAUUUCAGAUAGCAGAAAGACCCCGUCGCCGACAGUUGAUAAGGGAAUAUCAUCGACGAAGACUGAUGAUGACCCAUGUGGUGAUGCAGUUGCUAAUAACGGUGUUAGUGAAAUGAAGCGCAUGGAAGAUGCUACUGACGAGGAGAAGCGAAACAAACGAGUGGCAAACCAACGCCUGCUGACGGAGCAGUGGCUGCGCCACGAGCUUUCGUGUGCUCCUAAAGGCACAGCAGCGACCACAACCCCCAAGGUGGUUGUGUGUGAUUCCCUCACGCUCUCUCACCACAGAGGCCUCUUGACUGCCCUCAUGGAGAAGGGGAGCAGAGUGAUGGUGCCUUUGCAAGUCGUGGAACAUUUGGACGAGCUGAAGCGCCACGUGGGCGCUGCACGCGACGCGUCUCGUUGGCUUGAGCUGCAGCUGCGGGCGCCCAGACGCGUGGGGGGCGACCACCCACUAGAGGGCAGGGGGUACAUUAGGCUGCAGGGGCCAGGGGAGCACCUACAGAUCCCUGGGGUGCAGUAUCCUGCCAAGCAACACAAGAUGCCCUGGCGCUGGUAUCAAAUCCUCGAUUGCUGCCAUCACUUCGCUCGUCUCGAGUACUCUGGGGAAGGGAACAAGGGACGCUGCGUUGGGAGUCUCUACAGCGACAACAUCGAUGGGAAGUCGCGUCCGAGCUCCCCCAGCAGCAUGGACGUCGCAGUGCCGAGUCUUAAGGGCAAGAAGCCCGUCGUGACUCUACUGACUGGCGAGACCAAGGACGCGGUCGGCAAAUUGCCUUUCUCUGUCUACUCGCUUGCUGCCAGUGUCGGAACUGAAGUUCGGUUUGCGACGGAUCUUCAAAAAACGAUUGUUCGACCUUCAAACCGAGAACGUACGUGAAGGAACGCUGCUGGCGGAUCGUGCUAUUGAAAACAGGAAUUUAGCGUUCCCAGCCGCAUGAAGUGAUUUCGCGUAGCAUUCUGGCUGCGGGAAGUGGAGACUCGGCAAGAAAGUUCUCUCUCUCUCUGGAAAAACAGUACGUUGACAGCUGGCCAGCUCAAGUCUGUUCUACGGCAGGGUGCCGUAGAUCCAGUGGAGGGAGGUGGCUGAGGUGUUCUUUGUGGCGUUGAAACCGCGGAAACAUUGAUCAUGCGGAUUCAACUUUAUCUUGCGGAGAAGAAAAAGAAUGUGUAGAAAGGGAAAUAACUUCAAAUAAGUAUACUGUGGAAGAACUUAUGUUCGUUAUUCUGAUUAGAUUACAAGGGUAGCGAAAUCAUGCGAGGGAGACGAACAGAAUAAAUAACGAGUGGACUAUUUAGUAAAUUGUUCGAAUAAGAAAUUAUGCUUCCUUGUCAUUUCUUUAUUAUCACAUAGUGGUGCCAUUUUGUUGGUGAAGAAAACAUUUAUGAGCCGCAAUAAAAACUGUUGAAAACUUGAUGCUUCAUUUUGAUGAUAUUCGUUUUUGUUUAAUUUGAAUUGCAUUGGAACAGUUGUUCUAUUAUGCAAUUACGAUGGAACGUUCGAUUUAGAAUAAGUGACUGAUUUAAGUAUGGUUACUACUGGUAAUGCUCUACAUUUCACAUGAAGUGGGCUUCAGCGGGCCAGGGGUUGAUUUCUUGAGCGCGUCGGUGUUGUCGCGUACAUCUACGCCCAUGAUUACAGUUGCGAGGUGCAUGAUUAAGAACCAACAUUCUUUUCGUUGAUCAUCAUCUUCUGUAGUGAUAAAAUCGU